UUCGUUAAAUCAUGGCAUUACGAGUGCAAUCGCGACAUCAUUCAAAUAAAGUUCGCCUCGAACAAUAGCGAAUUGAAAAAAAAAUCUGAAUUUUGUAAAAAAACCUAAAGACGCGUCUUCACAAACAAAUGGGAUACAAUUUUCACUUCAGAUAUCUACGCAAAUCGGACAUUGUUUUAAUAUACAAAACCUGAAUAUAAACCAAAAACCAAGUGAUAAAUACCCAAAGAGAGAUUCUUCUCAAAAAGAAAAAACUCCAACAGCUGGAAAAAUAGUUUAUCAGUAUUUUAGUUGUCUACAAACAAAAAGAGAAAAUAACGAAAUGCAUUUUCUCACAGUGUUAUGCAUCCUGUUUGCCUUGAUCACAUGGACUGAAGCAAGAUCACGUCCCACAGUUGAUAUAUGCGAUCGCAAGCCAACCAUCACUGGCCUAUGUGUCUCCUCCACAUUAGGUAUUUACUAUGAUGCUGAGACCCAACAUUGCCGUUACAUGGGCUGCAGUCCCGAUAAGAAGUUAUUCUCUUCGCUAGAGGAUUGUGAGAAAAUCUGCAACAGCAAAAGGCGUCGAAAUCGACGUGUGCGUUAUUCGUAGAGCAUUUUCUAAGCAGAAGCCCCCCUUGGAUGAUAUGAGGAACCGAUGUCACCUUCAUGGAUUUUUGUUGCAGCAAAUCAUUUGGAUUUGUAAGAAAUGGACUUGAGUAUUUGACCAUGGCCCAAAUUUAAUUUGCCUGACUGCCUGCCUGCCUUUCAACCUUUUUGCAAUUACAAUCGUUAAUGAUUGAUUAUAGUUUUAUUAUAAACAUUUUGUUUUUGUAAAUAAAUCGCAAUUGUUUGCGACUUUAAUGAAA